CUCGACUGUUGACCACCAAAGCAUGAGCUCGAUCGGAUCUUCGAAGGAUGUGUCUACCUUCCAGCGUGUUGUGUUUGUCCUGAACUCUGCCUUUGCCUGUGCCCUUCCUGUCUACCUCUAUCAUACUGUGUUUGACAUGGAUGUCGAGCAGUACGCCCCUGUCUUUGGUGUCGUCACCCUCGUCGCUGCUGUCAUCCUCUCCAUGGCCAUGGGUAACUCGGCCACGAAGAUCUUUGGUGACCUCAUCUCCAAGCGCGGCUCGACGAUCACCAACGCCCGGAUCAAGAGCGUCGGCAAGCUCACGCCCGAGAUCCGUGCUCAGCUCGAGCACGAGCUCCGCUCCAACUCGUCGUCGGAGGCGCUGUCGUACGCCAUCCUGUACAACAACGCGUUCUUCUACGCCGUCUUCCUCUUCUUCGCCUACUACCUGUUCGCCUCGCUCACCCCGACCGGCAACUACGUCGCCUCCGUUGUCGGCGGUGCCGGCUUUGUCUAUUUCGUCUCCACCUCGCGGUCGACGUAAACUCUGCCCUGGGGUUCCCCACCCAUCCCCAUCCCUCA